AUGGAAGGGGUGACUUGUCACCCCGAUCCCGAGGAUUCCGCUAGGAUCUUGAACCUACUCAUGGAAGUGGGAUUGGUAGGUUCACGAUUAGCUGUUAGCCAUGGCAGCGAAGGUGUCCUGGCCAAGCAAUUGGCUGAACGACUAGGGUUGGAGCCAAAGCCAUGGCAUGUUGAUUUCAUCACUGGUCAGGUUCGCGAAGCAGUUCAGAUGGCUGACCUGGAUGCUAGAUUGGUUGGAACAACGUCGACUAGGACGAUCCAGAAUCUGCUGGACGCGAAGGCAGCGAUGGAGAAGGACAAGAAGAAGACCCUCGAACCUAGUGAAGCCCUCGUGGUUCUCCCAGUUGUGCCGAAACGUGGUACGUUGGGAAGGACGGUGCGUUUGAGGAGUGGGCGUGUUGCUGCGGAGGAUGAAGUGAAUGACAAAGUGUUGGACAAGUUGGUUGGUGAAUUGGUGAACUACAAGGCAACGGUCCUGGAGGAGAUUCGGAAGUCAAUGAACCCAGAUCGGGCUAAGGAAGCCUUGCUGGGAAAAUACCGGAUGUCGACAGUCAGGAGAUAUCUGGCAUCCUGGCAGAAGUUUAGAGUCUGGGCGGAUUCAAUGGGGAAGCCUGGACAGCGGCCCAACACGGUGACCCUCGUGGACUACAUGUACGCGAGGGAGGAAGAAGGUAUGGGCCCGUCCAUACCACUGGCGGUCAGCACGGCUGUGGCCUGGUUCGAACGAACUGCAGGGACGCCGGACGAUUUGGAGCAGAAAGCACCCCCAGUCCGUCGAGCGCCACGCUGGCUGGGAUGCUUUGUAGCGCCAAUGGAAACGUUGGUGAUUGAUGGGGCAGUCCCUUUUGAGAUCAGAGUUUGCGCAUGGUUCAAGCUCAUCAAGUUAUGGGGCUCUAUGAGGUUUGAUGAUGCAGCGCAUUUGAAGACCACGGAGCUCAGGUUCUACGAUGGCCAGUUGAUUGGGAUGAUGCAUCAAUCAAAGACGACGGGGGCAGGCAAGCGCGUGAGAGAGCUCCCAAUUUUCAUUGCAAAGGAUGCUUAUGUAUUGCAUGAUGACUGGCUCGCAGUAGGGUAUGACCUGGUGAAGCUGCAGAUGCCACGUGACAGGACAUUUGUGUUCCCUGAAGGUUGCUUCUACGGCACAAGGUACGGGGCAUCGCAUGUCACGUAUGCUGAGGCAGUGGCGGGGAGCUCAAGGACCUUUGCAAUGCUUGAGGGGUACAAUGGCCAGUUGAUUCCAUCAGGAUGGGAGAGGUUCUGGUCGGAGCAUAGUGAGCGGGCAACAAUGCCCAGCGGACUCGCAGCGCUGGGGGUGGAGAAGUCGGACAGGGACCUUCUGGGCAGGUGGUGCCCAGAGGGGUCCGAUGUUUACGUCCGGACGUACAAUACGAUCGUCAGGAAGAUGCAGAAGAAGAUUGUGGCAGUGUUGCGGGGUGAAGCGGCCUAUGAAGAGCUGGAUGAGGGUUCCAUCUUGGAGGAACUCAAAAUCUGGUUGCAGGAAAAGUGGACGGUCCCAGAGGAUCAGGCGAACAGCGUUGUGGAGGCAUGGAAAGACAAGCUGGGAGUGAAAGGGAGGCCGCCAGCAACAGUGCAAGUGUCAGAUGAGGACACCACGAUCUAUGAUGGAUCUCAAAGUGAGAAGGAGGCGGAGAGAGUGCUGCAGAAGGAUCCGAAGAAGCGAAAAAUGAACGAGCCCCUGGAUGAGGAGCGAGAAGGGAACUAUGUGGUGGUGUAUAGACGCGCUGGAAGGGGCACCCUUCAUAGGCUCGGGGAGAAGGGCUGCUGGAUGGCCAAGAAACGGUUCUUUGUGAGUUCAGAGAUCCACAAGGAGCUUCCAGAGCCCGAAGAGUACACGCUCCGGUGCAAGCUGUGCUGGGGCGGAGGCAGCGAGCCUUUGAGCGAGUCCACAAGCUUGGGGUCGGUGCGCAGCAAGCGCAGAGCGGGCACCAGUGGAGGUGGAGGCGGGGCAAGGGGGCGCUCCUCGGCGGGCGUUGACAUGCCGCGUGCGGUCAUCUCGGAGGCUGAAGGCAACAAGGCGUUAGAGUUGGCAGGUACUGACAUCAAGUAUCUGUUUUCGAGGCAUGAAGUGAGUGUAGACAACCAGAAGUUGUUCUUCCACCAUGGUGUGACCACAUUAGAGAAGUUGUCGAACUUUGCGAAAGAUAGGGACGACCUGGCAACGGUCCUCAAGGAGCAUUGGGAGCUGGAUUCAGACAGGUCGUUGGAGGAGCGGGUACAGGUUGCUGCAAUUACAUGUGCUUUCAGCAAUGCGAAGACCAGGAGCCAGAGAGCAGCAGAGGUGGACGCGGAGUACGAUACUUCGCAGUGGGCCAGGCCGGUAGUGGCAGGUGAAUGGGCAGCGAUGCGGUCAGCCCUGGAGAAGAGGUACGGCCACCUGGAGGACAAAAUAUAUCCCUCGAAAGAGUUUGUUGAGAAGAAGUUGGCAGAGGUUGAAGGUGGCGAAUACCGGGCCGAAGACCUGACUGAAGUCGUGUCGAAAGAGGAGAUUGAGCCUGAUGGGGUCGUGCCCAUUUGGGACUCCAAGGGCCGAUUGGCCAUGCGAAAAGCAUCUACGAAGGUGCCGGAACCGGCAAACGCCGAAGAACUCCGUCGCAGGCUGUCGAUCUGGAAGAAUGCAAUGGUCAUGAUAUCAUUGAAGCAUUCAAACAGGCAUGAACUACAAGGUACGUGGGAGGAGACGGUUGAACAGUACAAGGAUUACCUCUUAGGCGACUACGUGUACGGCCUUAGUGCAAAAGAUGCAGAGGGUCAGACUUUUGCUGCACCACCUUGGAAGUUGAUCAUUGCCUAUGAGAAGGCCAUCAGGAAGCAGGCGGUGAAGAUCACCAACACGGAGGGCAAGCCGUUGACAGUUGCCCUCAAGCUGGCGUGGAAGGAUGCGACCGUGAAGGAGAGGAACUUCACGACACCCCUGGCUUUGUACGCAAAGAGGCACCGCAUUGUGUUGGCAGCAGUCAGACGGCUGGGGAGCAUUGUGGAAGUUGAGAAAGAGGCCUUUCGCAUGGCAAAAGGAGGAGAUUCCUUUCAGCUGGUCAGAGAUGAAAGCUUCUUGGAGGAGAUUAGGGAGGUCCUGGCUGGAAAGUUGGGCCUCCCAAUGCAGAAAAGUCCUGAACCAGGGCAACCAUUUUUCCUGGACCUCAUGAAGGGAAUCCUCGAGAAGGCAGGAGAUCCCGACUGGAUGUUCUUGGAGCAGGCGAAGACCGGGUUGCCCUUGGGAGUCCUCAAUGAUCUCCCGAGAACUCCGAUGAUCUUUGAGGAGCAGUCAAAGUGGAACCUCGAAGGGGAUGACUGGAGCAGUGCGGUCUGGCAAAAGGACAACUAUACCUCAGCUGCGGAGCACGAGAAGUACCUGAUUGAACAUCUCGAUCAGGAGGUGGCUGAAGGGUUGAUGGUGAGAAUGGAUGAGAGGGAGUUUGUCGAGACUUUUGGUGAGAAUCGUGCCGUUGCAGCAUUGGCGGUCCUGGUCGAGGAUGAGGUGACCGGGAAGAAGAGGGUCAUCCACGAUGGCACGCAUGGUGUCAUGGUGAACCAUCGAAUCCGGCGCAGGGACAAAGUCCGGAUGCCAGGGCCUAGAGAGAAGCGUGCCCUCCUGGAGGAGUAUGAGGCUGAAAGGGUGGCAGUCUUGUCAUUGGUGGGCGACUUCGCGAAGGCACACCGGCGUUUCAAGUAUAUGGAGGAGGAGCAAGGCUUCCUAGCGUGCAAGGCUUCUACCCAUGCAAGCACAGUCUAUGUGAACAGGGUGGGCACGUUUGGAGUAGCUUCGACGCCAUACUGGUGGGCGAGGCUGAGUGCAGCGUUGCUGAGGCUCACCUACUGGGUCCUCGGGGACCUCUUCCCGAAUGACAUGCUUUUAUAUGCAGAUGACCUUGAAGUGUUGGCCAUCGGGCGGCAGGGGCGGAUUGGCGGUGUCUUGGCCUAUUCACUCAUGGCUGCCCUUGGAGCACCAUUCAAAUGGGCAAAGCAGAGGGGCGGUUUAGUGACAGAGUGGAUUGGCCUCACGACAGACUACAGGUCCUUCUCAAUGGGUCUUUCUGAAAGAAGAGCAGCCUGGGUUGUUCAAUGGAUUGAUUCCCUGAAUAGGAGAAAGGAGGUCACGUGCCGAGAAUUUUCCGCUGGUCUAGGGAGACUGGGCUUUUCUGCUUUGGCGUUGCCAUGGGAAAAACCUCUGCUGGGCCCGUUGUACGCCUGGUCCUCAGCUAUUCAGGCAAAUAGGGGCGCAAUGACAAUCCCGUGGUCAGUACAAUUCAUCUUGAACUGGAUCGCUCAGAGACUCGAGGCAGGAGGUCACAUGGAGAUGGUCAAGAGGCCCCCCUCUUCAGGGGGCACUUCCCUGAGGAUCUGGACAGAUGCAAAGGCGACAGAGCAAGCAGCAUGGAUCGGAGGCUGGCUUGAGGAGUGCAAGGAUAGCAGACAAUGCCGCUGGUUUUCUUUGCAGGUUACAGAAGCAAGUGCACCAUGGCUUUAUUACAGAGGUAAGAAUCCAAAGAGGGUGAUAGCGGCGUUAGAGCUGCUGGCGACCCUCAUUGCAUUGAAGUUGUGGUUGAGGAACCCCGGAGAUUCAGCCGAGGUUCAUGUAGAAGCUUUCACGGACAAUAGAGGCAACUCAUUUAUCCUCCAGAAGGGCUUGUCAACGAAGUACCCAAUCACCAUUUUAGUGAUUGAGGUGGCAGAGACUCUUCGAAGGUGCGAUGCUUUCGCAACCCUCACUUGGGUGAGGAGGGACGGCAACGUGUUGGCAGAUGCUUUGACCAACGAAGACUUCAGCUCAUUCGAUCCCCGAAAGAGGGAGACAGUUUGUGAGAAGGAGUUGAGGUGGCACGUCAUGAAGGAGUUGCUGCAAAGCAGUGAAAAGCUCUUCAACGAGAUCAAAGAGCACAAAGAAAAGAAGAGCAAGGUGAAAGCAACCGUUGGUCAUGCAAAGCCGAAGGCUAGGAAGUUUUUCGGUCGGUGGAAGUCCUGA